AUGGGUUUGCGACUUGGACGGGUUAUUAAGGGACCCCCACAUUCACCCACUGCUCAACUUACAAAACUCGGAUGGAUUGUGUCCGGUCCAACAAACACUAACGUUCCUAGUAACACCCUGCACGGCUACCAUGUAUCCGUCGAUGAUGAACUAGAUGAUAUUCCUUCCAUAAAUACUUCAUCUUUAUCUUCCGCUGAUCAAGAGUGCGAAAAUCAUUUCUUAUCCACACACAGUCGAAACGCUCAUGGUCGAUACAUCGUUAAACUACCGUUCAAACGGUCUCCUGAACAUUUAGGAGAGUCACUUCCUGAAUCUCAACCCGAACCUCAACCUGUGUAUUACCUUCCUCAUUAUGGAGUUAUGAGAAAGCACAGUCUAACCACCAAACUCCGGGUUGUCUUUAAUGGCUCUAGUCGAACUACCUCCGGCGUGUCGUUGAAUGAUCUUCUUCACACAGGAGCAACACUCCAAGCAAAUCUAUUCGAUGUUCUCGUGUGGUUCAGGCAAUUUCAUUACGUCUUCGUUUCUGAUAUGGAGAAAAUGUACAGGCAAAUCAAAGUUCAUCCGAAAGAUUGGAAAUUCUAA